CACACACACACACUGACACAAUUCCCUCUGCCGCACGCUCCGGCGGGAAGGCGCCUUCUCCCUCCCUCCUCUACUCUUCUGUCUUUCUCCAAUGGCGGCGAUUACCGCGCCGCCGGCCCCUCCCCCGGCCUCCACCUCAUGCCGCCUCCUCCGCCGCCGCGCGCCACUCACCCGCUUCGCCGCCUCCUCGUCCCCGUCCUCCCGCUUCCGCCCGUCCUCCUCCUCCUUCCCUGCCGCAGCCGGCAGCAGCAGCGGCGGCGGGGGCGAGAUCCUCCACGUGUCGCCGCCUCCCCCGCCCGCCGCGCCCCCGGGGGUUCCCGUCUACGUCACGCUCCCCGCCGACGCCGUCGACCCGGGGGGCCGCGUCGCGCGCCGCCGAGCCAUGGGGGCCUCGCUCGCCGCCCUGGCCGCCGCCGGUGUCGCGGGCGUCGCCGUAGAGCUCUGGUGGGGCGUCGUAGAGCGCCGCAGCCCCGGGGAGUAUGACUGGGCCGGCUACCUCGAGCUCGCCGCCAUGGCCCGACGCCACGGCCUCCGCGUGCGCGCCAUCCUCGCCUUCCACCAGUGCGGCGCCGGCCCGCAUGACCUGCCCUGGAUUCCUUUGCCGCAAUGGGUGCUUGAGGAGAUGGAUAAGAUUCCGGACUUGUCAUAUACCAAUAGAUACCAGAAGAGAAACAAAGAAUACAUAUCACUGGGAUGUGAUAUUCUUCCUGUUCUGAAAGGAAGAUCACCUAUGCAAGCUUACUCCGACUUCAUGAGAAGCUUCCACAAUACUUUUGAAGAUUACCUUGGGGACACAAUAACAGAAGUACAAGUUGGAAUGGGUCCAGGAGGUGAGCUUAGGUAUCCGUCAUACCCAACUGAGAAGCUAAAUCAGCCAGGCAGUUCAUCUGAACUUGGGGAAUUUCAAUGUUAUGAUAAGUUUAUGCAAGCUUCGUUGAGUGCUCGUGCACAGAUUUUUGUGUUACAACAGUGGGGCAAUGGCGGUUCAACUGGCACAGAUGGUUCACAGCAGAACCUUGAAGAAACGAGUUUUUUUCGCACCGAUGGAGGCUAUUGGAAUACACCUUAUGGUCACUUUUUUCUUAAGUGGUAUUCAGGAAUGCUUCUCCUCCAUGGAGAGAGGUUAUGCAUGAUAGCUGAUGCAAUCUUCUCUGGUACUGGUGUGACCAUCUCAGGGAAGGUUGCUGGAAUACAUUGGCACUAUUAUACUUGUUCACAUCCAUCUGAACUGACAUCUGGCUACUACAAUACUCUAUUAAGAGAUGGCUAUCUUCCUAUAGCUCAAAUGUUUGCCAAAUACAAAGCUACAUUGUGCUGCAGUUGUUUCGACCUGAGGGACGCAGAAAGAACAAAUUCUGAGAGCAGUCCCGAAGGUACUCUCCGGCAGCUUGCAGGUGCUGCUAAAAUGUGCAACCUUCCUCUUAAUGGUGAGAAUUCUGCGACAAGGCUGGAUGAUGCAUCACUGAAUCAAGUGAUAAGAAGCUCAAGGCUCUACUCAGGCCGUACUUCAGGAACAUCUUUUUCCUUUAACUAUGUUAGGAUGAACAAAAGCUUGUUUGAGUUUCACAAUUGGAAUCGAUUUACAAAGUUUGUUAGGCAGAUGUCAGAUGCCAGGACCUUUCUAGCAAGACUGUAUGUCAGGAGAGGGCAGCAAUACUUGUCUUCAAUGUCAGUUGUUUGGGUGGUUAGUCGGGCUUGUGCAUAUACAUGAAAGUUGUCAAAAGCUAUUGCGGAUAAUCUCAGCCAUAAAUGGUUCCACCACUGUGGAUGGAAAAGGUUUGCUCAGUAUAUGGCUCAUUUUUAGUUGCCAGAAGGGCAGGCAGGCUUAUAUGCUGAAGGCUGUACUGAUUUCAUGCAUAUGCAUGUAUUAGUUUCAUGCAUAUGUCAUCGCUGAACAAAAGUUUAUAGUUAUUUGUUGUAAAGUGGCAGACUGGCAGUGUUUUGCUGCCAACAAUAUUGAAUCGCACGAGGGUCCUGUUUAGCCAUUUUAGAAAUAAUUAGAUGGAGCUUCAUGUUUUCCCGUUACAAUAUGAAUGCUUUCAAACUAUAUCUGCCUAUGAAAAUAUGUAUACUUCCUCU